AUGAAAAUCCAUCAAAAUGACAUUUCUCACCUUGUUACAUUCUUUUUUUUAUAUCUUAUGUCUUGUUCACAAUUGUGCUAUGCAUAUAAGAGUGACAAAGGAUAUAAACAGACUCUGCUAAAUCUUGAACCAAAAAAUGUGUAUAAUUUUGACAAAAAUACCUUAUUGAAUCAAGUGUGGAAAAAAAAUAGUCUUUGCUACGUUUCUCCCAGCAGGAACUUGUUCAAAAAGAGCAUCCAAACGUAUCACGCACCUAGGAUAAAGAUGACCCUUUCGUUAUUUAAGGAUAUAAACAUGUCUAACCUUUUUCCUGGUUUCAAAACAAUUUUCAACACAAAAUUCCUGUUCGAGCCCCUGUUCAACUCUCAUAAAGACAUAAUAAUACGAAAUAUGAAGACGAUUCAGUUGAUACAAAAAGGCAAUGUGGUGAAGAACCUUGUGAUAUUUGGAGCAUCAUGUCUUACAAUUUAUUCAGUGUCCAAGCUCCUUUUAAUGCUGAAGCGGUUUUUUCAAAAUCAGUAUAAAAUGAUAAGCGAACAAGAAAUAAAAAUGCUCGGAAAGUAUGAAAAUCCGCAUAUAGAGUUUAAGGACUAA